AAGUUUAAAUCUUUGUCCUAGAUCUUUUGCCGUUGGAGCAGGAUGCUGUCUUUGGCCUCGAAUCCCUCCUUGUUCUUUGUAGUCAAGACAGCAGUCCAGGUACUCAAGCGACCUUAAAGAUAGCACUCACUUGCAUGGUGAAGCUGGCCAAGUGCCGCCCCCACCUGAGCCAGUCCAUUGUGGAGUCCUUGUUGACACAGCUGCACAGCGCUCAAGAUGCUGCCAGGAUUCUCAUGUGCCACUGCUUGGCAGCCAUUGCCAUGCAGUUACCGGUCUUGGGAGACGGAAUGCUGGGGGACCUGAUGGAUCUCUAUAAAGUGAUUGGACGAUCUGCAUCUGAUAAACAGCAAGAGCUUUUAGUAUCUCUUGCUACUGUGAUAUUUGUUGCCAGCCAGAAGACUUUAUCCUCUGAAGUGAAAACUGUUAUCAAACAACAGCUUGAAAAUGUCUCCAAUGGAUGGACAGCUUACAGGAUAGCCAGACAAGCUUCCAGAAUGGGUAACCAUGGCAUGGCCAGAGAGCUGUAUCAAAGCUUGCUGACUCAGGUGGCUUCAGAACACUUCUACUUCUGGCUAAACAGCUUGAAGGAGUUCUCCCAUGCAGAGCAGUGCCUGACAGGGCUGCAAAAGGAUGAUUAUAGUUCAGCACUUUCCUGUAUUGCUGAGUCACUGAAAUCUUACCACAAAGGAAUAGCAUCCUUAACGGCUGCCAGCACACCCCUUAACCCUUUGAGCUUUCAGUGCGGGUUUGUCAAACUCCGGAUUGACCUCCUUCAGGCUUUCUCUCAGCUCAUCUGCACUUGUAAUAGCCUGAAGACUAGUCCUCCACCUGCCAUUGCCACAACCAUUGUCAUGACCUCAGGCAGUGACCUUCAGCGGUGUGGACGCAUUUCCAACCAGAUGAAACUCUCCAUGGAAGAAUUCAGGAACCUAGCUGCAAGAUACGGAGAUCUCUAUCAAUCAUCCUUUGAUGCAGACUCAGCAACUUUGAGGAAUGUGGAGCUACAGCAGCAAGGUUGCUUAUUGAUAUCGCAUGCAAUCGAAGCCCUGAUUUUAGAUCCUGAAUCUGCAAGUUUACAGGAAUAUGGCUCUGCUGGAGUGGCACAUGCCACAAGUGAAUAUGAAAGGAGAAUGAUGUCUGUGUUCAGUCAUGUGCUGGAAGAAGUAGAAUCACUGAACAGAAAAUAUGCACCUGUGUCUUACAUGCACACGGCUUGUCUAUGCAAUGCAGUCAUUGCCUUGCUGAAAGUUCCCUUGUCAUUCCAGAGGUAUUUUUUCCAGAAGCUGCAGUCGACUAGCAUUAAGCUUGCCCUGUCACCAUCCCCACGCAACCCCGCGGAGCCCAUUGUCGUUCAGAAUAACCAGCAAAUGGCAUUGAAGGUAGAAGGAGUGGUUCAGCACGGCUCCAAACCAGGCCUUUUCCGCAAGAUUCAGUCGAUCUGUCUAAAUGUAUCUUCAACACUGCAGACCAAAUCUGGGCAAGAGUACAAGAUGCCCAUUGACAGCCUGACAAAUGAGAUGGAGCAGAUGGUUGAGCCUCACAACGAUUACUUCAGCACACAGUUCCUCUUGAACUUUAUUAUUGUUGGCACCCACAGCAUCACAGUGGAGUCUUCUGUUAGAGAUCUCAAUGGUAUCAUAUGGAAGACGGGGCCCAAAACCACUCUGUUGAUUAAGUCUCUUGAAGAUCCUUACUCCCAGCAAAUUCGACUUCAGCAGCAGCAAGGACAGCAGCCACCACAACAGCCGCAGCCACAGCAACGAACUGCCUAUUCCCGUUUUUAGCACUGUUCUUAUCAUUCAUCAGCCCAAGUGAAAGGCAUUCCAUUUUAUGUGGAUGUUGUCAUUUCCCCCAUCUGUUUCCCAUGAUGCCGUCCUUCCUUCCUUCCUUCCUUCCUUCCUUCCUUCCUUCCUUCCUUCCUUCCUUCCUUCCUUGGCAACUGCAAUGAUCACACCUAUAAAAAGCAGCUCAGUCACUGAAACCCAAUCCUCUUGAGGCACUCCAUAUAACAAGCUGGUUGAAUGAAGUGGCUCUGCUCUUGGUUCCAGCUGUUUCCACCAUGCCACUGAAAUUGCUCUAGCAGUGGAGUGCAGAAAUUUGCUAAAGCAGAACAAAGCCUUGGUUAUGUGCUUUAAAGCCUUUUUUCAGGUUCUUAUGGCCCUGUUCAUGUGAUGUGGGUCACUAAGGGCCUGAGGGGGCUAAAUCCAUGUUUUUAUGGCUUCAUCACAUACCCAGCUCUUCUCGCCAUCAUUCAGCACAGAUUUUAGGAUGGUGUGAUGAACUGAAAUCUGGCCCAUUACAUGAUCCAUCCAUUCACUGUUUUAUUGUGCUUUCCGUGUGCCUUGUAACCUGCAUUCCACCACACACAAUAGAAAAGCCACUUUAAAGCCUCAGAUAAGAAUGGGCCAAGUUGGUUUCCCUUUGCAUCGUUGUUGAUGGCUUCCAAUUGGAAGAUAGUGAGCAGUGAAAGGUCUGCAAGAAUUUCCUGGGUUGCAUCCCAACAUAUUGGCUGUUUGAGUAAUCCAGUUGCCACUUCCUGAGGAGCAUGACUUUCGAUUCUACAUUUAAUCUUUCAAAUUGCAUUGGGUUUUUAUGUAUGCAAAACUGUGUUCCUCUGUGUUAUUCAGUACAUCUACAAAUGCAAAAAGUUUCAACAAACGUCCAGACAUUCUGGGUGGUUAAAUGUAAAUAAUCAUUUUGAAUGCUGCUAAGUUAGAACGAGGUUUGGAUAUCAUUCCAAAUAUCGGGGUGGUGUUCUUUAAUGCCUCUGAAUCUUGCAGGCUGCUCAUAUUUGUUGCUUCUCUAUAUAAUAAUGCUUGAGCUAUGCCAUUGUGGGGAAAGGGAGAUUGUCUUGCUUUAUAGGAAAAGGCAUUUCAGAUUGGUUGGGAUCCUUGCCCCGCCCCCCAACACAAAGUCCCCCAGAAAGAAAUAUAUUCAUCUUUGAAAGGUUAGAAAGUUGAAAGAUCAGAAAGGGUUGUGUUAUAACUGUUCUUCUUUUAACAACAAUAUGAAGGAAAUGCGCAUUGAAGCUACGUGAGUACUUUUUAAUAGGGUUUUGGUUUUGGUUUUUUGGAAGAGGCAACUCAUUCUAAAGCAAAAUGCUGCUUGAAGUGCAACAGAUGACCAGGCCCUGUACCCUAUAACCUAAAGAGGGUAUAUUUUGUAUGGUAUUAUGAGUUACUUCAAGAGAGCAAGGAGACAAGUAAUGAUCUUGGAGCUUGCUCCACAUGGACUCUUGCCCCUACCACCUCCAGGCCAGCUAUCCAGUGAGAAGAAUCCUGUUAUUUUUUUAAAAGCAAACAUACGUUAUAAAGUACUUUAAUUUUACCAGUAAGGCUUGGAAGCAUUUGGUAUCCUGAAAGGCAGGAUGAAAAUAAUUCUAAUACUAAUAAUUCCCUGCUUUAUUCUGUACCAGAGUUGCGAAUGGAGAGCCUUCUUCCAUUAAAUGCUCUUGUGGUUGGUGGAGUGCAUGCCAUAGCUGUGCAGGAAGAAAUUGACUUUGCAUUCUCUUACUGAACUUGCAAGGUGUCUAUUCCUCUUGCUUUCAGAUGUGAGAAGUUCACUCAGCUCUUGAUGAUACAGGUAUGCAGGUUGAGGGUUUCUUUCAUUGUAAAUACUGGGGGAUGGGUUUGGAGGUUACUUGCAACAUGCUCCUUUUUUAGAAACUACUCAGAUGUAGUUUCUUACUUCAUCUUACAUCAAGAAAAUGCCUCCUUGUUAUGUAUAGAAUAUCCUAAUAAACCAUUUGUUUCCCAUUUGAAUCUGA